CUGCUGGGUGGUGAGGCAGGUUAUCCUCCCGUCUCGACAAAACGGCAGAAGUUGGUCGGGGUCAUGGUCACUCUCGCCACUCCGCUAUGGACCAUGGACGUGGCACUUAAUCGCAAACGAUCGCGGCUCACAUUAGACGACGAUGACGACGACGAUCAUGGUGACGACGAGCGGAGGCUCAACCCGCCUUUACUUUCACCCACGCUAUCCACAUGCAGCGAUUCCCUCAAGCGAUCGAGGACACAGGGCGAGCUGGACGAGCUGGAUACCAUCAAGCCCGGAGAAGCGUGGCAUAUCGAUGUAGAAAGUAUUCUGGCAUCUCCCACGCUUGCAACACCGCCAGGAAGCUCCCUUAAGGCGCACUGCAACGUGGACAAGUACCAAAAGAGCAACUCAAUCAUUGUGCUUUGUGUGCAAGGAUCAAUCCAGCUCCAUUAUGACUUACUCUGUGCCGUGCUACCUGAAUUGUAUGCUAUGUCACCCUCUCUACAAGCUCUUGUGCUCUGCCGCGACCCCGCAAUACACACACCCUCCUCAUCUGCCCCUUUCUCGCUCCCUCUAGUCCAAGCAGUCGGCCCCAGUUAUAACCAUUUCGUACGUCUGGGUCUGUUGCACCCGUUGGGUGGAGGAGAACAUCCAUUGGAUGCAAUCGUUGUCAUUGAUUCACAGGCACGACGGAGGUUGGUGCUUCCAUUUGGCUGGGGCGCUGGCAAACAUGUAGCUACUCCGGCCGGAGGCAUGAUACAAACACAACUCAUGAAGCUGUUACGCAAUUGUGUCCAUACAUUAGAGGGAGAAGGUUUUGCGUGA